AUGAGAUUGGCCGCCGUGGCCGGAAUCUGUCAGGACAACAUCAUCAAGUACACAACAAUAAAAGUCUUCUAUAUAAAUAAAAAUGAAACAUUGAUUGUAGCCACCGCCGUCUUCGCGUGCGCCUGCGCCGCACCUAGCGCCCUGCUGUCCAAUGGCAUUCUUGCCUAUGGCGCAUACCCUGUAGCCUCCGUCAACUCUGGAGACCUUCAGGCUGCUGCUAUCGACACUAACGUUGCAAUUACCGAUCACGCUCGUGCCGCAGUGGAUGCUGUGCAGGAAAUCAACGAUCAAGCCGCUGAGAUCCACGGUAAAGCUAUCAAUGCUGCAGAAGAUAACGCUUGGCAAGCAGUGAACGCUGCACAGGUAGCCGCUGCUCAGGUUGAUGGAGCCGUAGCGAGUGUGUCACCUGAUGCAGCUCGUCACGCAGUCGCUCCCGUCGCUUACUCAGUACCAGCCGUCUCAUAUGCUGCCUCGUUAUCUCCUGCUCUCUCCGCCUACUCUGCCCCCUUCAUCGGAGCCCGCUCCAUCGCUCUCCAAGGUUAUGCUCAUAACCCAGCCUUCGCUUACGCCGCUCGUGGUCUCGUGUACGCG